GUCUCACAGUCGCCUGUGAAGCAACGCAGUUCACACAGUCGAGCCCAUUUCCUUUAAGAAGACGCCGGUGGUUUUUUUCUUGUGACAUCAGUGAACAUUAGUCACUUGAAGGCUUCACCACUACAUGCAGCCCUGGAGCCUUGCACCUUUGAGUGAAUCAACCUGGACGGGGGUACACUGUGAGCAGCGCUCUAUCAGGACAAGUAUGAACAUGGACGUAAAGGCAGCAUGAGGGAACGUGUUGUGGAGGGCUGAAAAGAAGAAGAAACAUUAACACACAGGAAGUAGGAAGUGUGAUCAGCGAUAUCCCCGGCUUGUGUGUGCGUGAGUUUGUGUGUGUUUGAGUGUGUAUUUAUGCGUGUGUGUGUGUGGGUGCUCGUGUGGGGGGCAUGUGUGUACUGAACCGCUGACCUGUGCUAUGAGUUAAGGACAAUGUCUCUGAAACUACGCAACUGGGACUUCAGCACCUUCAAGGGUGACACAGCUCGAAUAGCGCGCUCCAAAAGUGUGAUACCGGGAGAAGGAGCCCACAGCCCGGGCUCAACGCGCUCCUCCAGGUCCAUGGAGAGGCCGCUGAAGGCUGGCUGGCUGAAGAAACAACAGAGGUCUUUAGUCAAGAACUGGCAGCAGCGCUACUUUGUGCUGAGAGGAAGCACUCUGACCUACCACAAAGAUGACAAGGAGACCGCUGUCCAGGGAAUCAUCCAGCUUCGCUCUAGCAAAGUUAAUGAACUUCCUCCAAACUCAGAUGACCCUGGGAAGUACCUCUUUGAGAUCAUACCACGUACCACAGGGGACAGAGAGAGAUGCCCCUAUGUGUUCAUGGCGAACUCCCAGAGUGACAUGGAGGAGUGGGUCCGGACUCUGCGCAGAGUCAUCGGAGCACCAACAAGUGGAGUGUUUGGAAAGAGUCUCAUGGACACUGUAACAUAUGAGCAGCGCUUUGGUGCUCACAUGGUGCCGAUCCUGGUACAGAAGUGUGUGGAGUUCAUCAAAGAACAUGGGCUAGAGGAGGAGGGUAUCUUCCGUCUCCCUGGUCAAGACAACGCUGUCAAACAGUUCAGAGAUGCCUUUGAUGCUGGAGAGAGGCCCUCCUUCCCAAGUGACACAGACGUCCACACGGUGGCGUCACUACUCAAACUCUACCUGCGGGAGCUUCCUGAACCUGUGGUGCCCUGGACUCAGUACCAAGACUUCCUGGACUGUACCAACCUACUGGACUAUAACAGUAAAGAGGGUUGGGAAAAGUUGGAAAAACAAAUCGCUCUUCUCCCCAGAAGCAACUACAACCUUCUCAGUUAUGUGUGCAGGUUUUUGUUUGAGGUGCAGCUGCACUCCAAGGUGAACAAGAUGAAUGUGGAGAACUUGGCCACUGUGAUGGGGAUCAACCUGCUUAAGCCUCAGAUAGAAGAUCCCAUCACUGUGAUGAAGGCGACUCCUCAGAUCCAGAAGCUGAUGACAGUGCUGAUCAGACAGCACGAGGCUCUGUUCCCUCUCUCCAAAGACGUGCUUCACUCCCCUCCCUCCAAGAAGUCCGAAAGCCAAAAGAACACUCCGCGAAGCUUCGUGGGCUGGGAGUCUGCAGAGAUGGGUGAUGCAUCUUUGUCUGAGUCUCCGGAAGAGGAGGAGGAUAUUGAGAGUCCAGGUCCCCUUAGAGGAGACUGCAGCCCCCAAACACCCGUGAAGGAACCUCAGUCUCCUACUACAGACGACUGGCUCGGGGGUCAACGCAAACGCACUCAGACCCUGCCCACCUUCAACUGCCCCCUCACCGGGAUGGCCGCCAAGGCCGAAGCCCUCAACAGGUGGAGUCGCAUCCAGGAGAGCACGGAGGAGAAGAGCGGGACAUUUUCCGAGGACAUUUUUAAGCUCCUGGACCUGAAGAGUUCGGGGUCGCUGUUUGGGGGGUCCCAGACGAGUAACAAGGAGGGAGAGAAUAGAUUGACGGCCCGAAGAGGAAGCGACAACACAGGUUCUUCUACCACUAGCUCCCCAAAACCUGAAAGUGACCUCCCGCCCAUCCGGAUGCUGCUUCAUCAAAGGAGUGCAGGCGCUCUGGGUGUUUCAGGUCCACAGGUCAACAGCAAAUCAGAAGAGAAGAAGGACAACCAGCAGCUUGUAGAAAGUUUGCAGCAGGAGACCAAGGAGUUGAAGGCCGCUGUGGCUGAGCUCCAGUCUGCUCUGGAAGAGGAGCGCCGCCGUGUGGCCGCUCUGGAGAUCUGCCUUAAAAAUGCUGAGCUCAGCCGUGAUGAGGCCCAGAAACGCAACAAGGAGCUGCAAACAGACAUUCAACGGUUCCUCACCAGAGAGAAACAGGCUCCCACCUAAAUGCCGUUGUCUGUCUCUGUAGUUAUUUUCAGAGGAGCUGGUCAUGGAAAAUACUAUCGUGACCCUCCUGACGCUGGAUUGUUUGCGUUUGAGCUCUGUGUGGCCUCAGAGGAUAAAUUAUUGCAAGUUUGUGUCUGUUGUAUGAGAAAAGUCUGUUAAGAAUAGUCCUCAAUGUCACUAUUCACAUUAUGGGCAUCGAACGCAAGUUAAAAGGAGUGAAUGAACUACAAUGUCAGCUGUGCUCAAACGCUGUGACCAGAGGACAACUGGGCUUUAUAACAAUAAUGUUGGACAAUACAAAUACUAUGCGUCACAUGGACAACAUCAUCUGAGGCUUCAUUUUUAGUGGUAACUUAAUAAAACUGCAAAUCUGA